AUGUCUGUUGUAACACUUCAAAUUGGGCAGUGUGGCAACCAGCUGGGCAAAUGCUUCCUUGACACGUUGGCCAAGGAACUAUGCAGCCCUGGCUAUGAUUCACAAGAUUGGGACGUCUUCUUUCGCCACGCAAGGUCACCCUCAUGCUGUGGGCAAAUUGCUAGGGCGGUGCUCAUUGAUACUGAACCCAAGGCGGUCCAUGCAGCCUUGUCUGGCCACAGGCUGUGCCCAAAUUGGAGCUAUUCACCACGGUGCGCGUUCACACAGCAGAGCGGGUCUGGAAACAAUUGGGCCCUGGGCUUCAAUGGCCAGGGGAACAUUGUCCAGGAGGCGGCCAUGGACAUUGUCCGAAGGGAAGUGGAGCAGUGUGAUGUAUUGGGGGGGCUGCUGACACUGCAAAGCAUGGCUGGGGGCACUGGGGCUGGUUUAGGUGCCCGAAUAGCUGAAACCCUCCGGGACGAAUUCCCUUUUGCUUCCAUUCUCAACCACUGUGUAUGGCCCCACUCCAGUGGGGAGGUGGUUGUGCAGAACUACAAUGCAUUGCUGACGGUGAGCCACCUGCUGGAACAUGCAAAUGGCGUGGCCAUCGUUGAGAACGAGGUUCUCCACCAAGCUUGUCAACAGCUGUACGAGCUCCGCCGGCCAGCAUUCGCACAUAUGAAUGCAGUAGCCACAAAGUCCCUGGUGUGUGCCCUCCUUCCUUCCCGGACUCGCUCACCCGGUGGAAAAGCGGCACAAGCAGGCUGUCUGCUAGGGAGUGGUGUUUCAAGGAGAUAUGCGAUUGGGGCAGCAAACCCAGCAGGGGACACAGGUUGGCCAGGGGCCUGCAGGAUGCCGGGCCAGGCUGGGGAAAGAAGGCAAACAUUUAGGCUUCAUGACUGGCUUGAGCACCUUUGUGCGCACCCGCGAUAUCAGCUGAUCAGCCUUUGCUCCAUUCCGCAUGUGCCAGCGCGAUCCAUGGACUACACCACAUUCACAUGGCAGGCGCUCUUGAAGCGUCUCAAGCACAUGGCUGCCACAGGCGCUCCUCUGGAAGGGGUUCAUGGCUGGGGCGACGCUGCAGACAAUCGAAUGGGCACCAGCUCCAAUCCCACCACUGUCAGGAACAGGUCUGUUGCGAAUUUGCUCAUUCUCAGGGGCAAGGCAUCUGGAACAGCAGACUCCAGUGCUUUCAGUGACCCAUCGCUCUAUGUGGGCUGGAAUCCCGAACCGCUUCGGGUGUGUUCCAGUACAGUGAGAUACGCGGGAUGUGAAAUGUCUGCUGCAAUGCUGAGCAACAGCCAGCGGUGCGUCGUUCCUAUAAGACGAGCACAAGGACGCGCUUGGGAAAUGUUCAAGUCGCGUGCUUUCUUGCACCACUACGAACGGCAUGGGCUGGAGGCGGCUGAUUUCCGUGCCGUGUUCGCCAGGAUUGAGGAGCUUCUGGAAAAUUACAGACUCCUGUGUUGA